UACCGGGCCGGCUGUUUGACUCGGAAACAGCCAUGCAGUGUAAAGAAGAAAUGACCGAUAGUGACCUCAGAUAAGAUGUUGAAGACCUGUCUAUUGUCUUUAUCUCUUUAUAACACUUCAGCAUUCAUGUAGAACUCUGAUAAAACUAUUGCAAAUUUUGAAGCGCCUUCGAAACGUCGAAUCGUUACGCAUCUGUCCGUCUUCCGAGCGAUCAUAUUUGCUGCGUAAAAUAAUGGAAAAUGCUGAAACAUCCGAUCAAAACGGAACGACGCACUACACGAACGGUUUAGUAAACGGAUUUCACACCCUACAAACCGAUAACGGGGAGUGUAUUUCAUCUAACGGAGGUGGUCUGGGUGCUAGUGAUAGUAGCGGUGGCCAUAAUGGUGUUGAAGAUUUCCACCAUCUUCAUCAGCAUGUACACAACAAUGGUUCGCCUGCAAAGCGCUGCAGACUCCGAAGACGCGUGGAUUCGGGAAAGAAGAACAGACCGCCUUUUCCAUGGUUUGGAAUGGAUAUCGGAGGCACCCUGGUAAAGCUGGUUUACUUUGAGCCCAAGGACAUAACUGCUGAAGAAGAACAAGAGGAAGUGGAGAGCCUGAAGAGCAUUCGCCGAUAUCUGACCUCCAACGUGGCCUAUGGAAACACGGGUAUCCGAGAUGUUCACCUGGAGUUGAAGAACCUCACCAUGUGUGGCCGGAAAGGCAACCUGCACUUCAUUCGUUUCCCCACACAAGACAUGCACCGCUUCAUCCAAAUGGGCAGAGACAAGAACUUCUCCAGUCUGCACACCACACUGUGUGCCACGGGUGGGGGCGCAUACAAGUUUGAGGAUGACUUCAGAACGGUGGCUGGUUUGGAGCUGCAGAAGCUGGAUGAACUGGACUGUCUUAUUCAAGGUCUGCUGUACGUUGACUCAGUUGGGUUCAAUGGCCAUCCCGAGUGUUAUUUUUUCCAAAAUCCCUCCGACCCUGAAAACUGUGUCAAGAGGCCAUUUAGCCUGGAGAACCCCUUCCCUAUGUUGCUGGUAAACAUUGGCUCGGGGGUUAGCAUCCUUGCUGUCUAUUCCAAGGAUGAUUACAAGCGAGUCACAGGCACCAGUUUAGGAGGUGGUACGUUUCUAGGCCUGUGUUGUUUGCUGACUGGCUGCGAGACAUUUGAGGAGGCCUUAGAGAUGGCAGCUAAAGGGGACAGCACAAAUGUGGACAAACUAGUGAAGGACAUCUAUGGAGGCGAUUACGAACGCUUCGGUCUCCAGGGUUCUGCCGUUGCAUCCAGUUUUGGUCAUAUGAUGAGCAAGGAGAAACGUGACAGUAUAAGUAAAGAGGACCUGGCCAGGGCCACUCUUGUCACCAUCACAAACAACACUGGUUCCAUCGCCCGCAUGUGUGCAGUGAACGAGAAUAUUGAUAGAGUGGUUUUUGUUGGGAAUUUCCUUCGGAUCAACACAGUGUCAACUAAGCUGCUAGCCUAUGCCAUGGACUUCUGGUCUAACGGACAACUGAAAGCCCUUUUCUUAGAACAUGAAGGUUAUUUUGGAGCUGUUGGUGCCUUCCUAGAGCUACUGAAGAUGACUGAAGACUCCUGAGACACUGAGGAAACCCCAACCUUUAAACCAGAAGCUGCUGUAAGAUUUCAGGAAAGCCACAUCCCCUAAUAAGGAAAAGCCAUUUAAUAAUGUGAUGAGUUUCCAUUUCCCUUCAAAUCAUCUACAUGCUGGCCCUUCUAUGCUCAUGACAGGAGCAGGUGAUCAAGAGGUUGUGAUGCAAAAGUGCACCGUUUCAAUGGUGAUAAGCUGCACCUCAUGCUAACUGUUCCUUGUCACCGUUGCCAUAAUCCCAGCACAGCUUUGCCUUUGCCGUGUAUUGAUGAUUUGAUUGGAAGAUGAUUUAGGACACUAAUGCUUGUGUACUCCCUCUUCUCCCUGUUUGUGAGCUUUAUGAAAACAAUUGUAACAUAUGAAAAGGGUUUGGAGGUGAGUAUUAUGUGUAUUAGGCCUGCUGUAUAAAAACAGCCUUCCCCAAUCCCCUCUGAACAAAUCAUGCUUUGAACCACAAAUCAGAUUUAUAUUUACGCAUAGAUGAGCAGUAGAUUUAUGUGAGACUUUGCUCUCCCGGUUCUAGUCACAUACAAGCAUUUAUAAUAUCUGUAUUACAUUUAAAAAUGCUACGUUGUAUUAUUAAACGUAAAGUCAUUUUGGACACUAAAGCGCGAGUCCAAAUUCAUAAUUCUGACUUUUUUUUUUUUUUUUUUUUUUUUUUUACAAUAAUACAUCAAAUACCAAUUGAAUUUCAGUACUUUUCAAUUAGAUAAAGCUUAUAUUUGAACACUUUUACAGAAUUAGCUAAAUGUUGUCUGGUAGACUUGUUUUAUCUACAUUGGGCCUUGUAUGAUUAGUGGAUUGUUGACCUGAGUAGCUGUUUCUAAGAUAUCUUUACCUCCUUUUAACUGGUCUGUGUAAUGAACAGAGAACAUAUGCACCUGAGCUGACACUGAUUGUGUUGGGACCAAAUUGUCUAUAUUGACUGGAAAACAGUAUCUUCUUCAGAUGGAGAAUUCUCAUAGUUCACUACAUACAGUACAGUAAGUCCUUUCUUACCCUGAUAAUGAUUUAUAUUUGGUUGUGCAGUCCCAAAUGCUGAGAUUUCUCUGAUCUGAAUGUGUUAACAGUUUACCCUGUGUAUAUACACUGUAGUGUGUAAUGUUUUGUUGUUUUGUUUUUAUUUAAUUUGCACAAACCAUCUCUUGUCAUAUUCAUGCCAUUAUGCAGUGAUGUCUUACAUUUAAUUUGAGACAGCUAACCAAGACAUAUAUUUAGUCAAACCUCCUCACAAAUGCCUUCAUCCUUUUAAACAUUUUCAGCUUAAACAAUCUAUUACUGAAAAUAUUUUGCCUUUUUUUCUCUCAUGUAUCAACAUGAGAAUCUCUAACUAUAUGCCUAAACACCUUUUAACUCUCUGUAUUAAUACUGGACAGCUGGGUCUGACUGUGAACGCUCCUGGUUGUUGUUCAGAACCAGAUGUAUGUUAAACAUCUCCUAAAUGCUCCUAAAGCUGGAAUCAGAAAUUCCAAGUCACUAUAAUCUGUUUAAAUAUGUAAGAUCAGAAACACAAGCACUUCUAAGAGAAAAUGUAUUGCCUUUCCCUCCCUUUGAGCCACACAGCAUGACAGCAAUUACAUUUGUACCAAUUUCAUUUUCUCAUUUUGCCUCAACACUGUAAAUAUGAACUAAAACGUUCAUUUAAUCCUUUAUUUUUACGGCACUGAGACAUUGUGUUGAUCAUCAUGAAUGCAAGCAAGACCAAAACUCCUAAAAGGAGGUAAUAUGAGGAAUAUUAUCAUAAUGCAAUUUCUUUUAGAGGAUUGUGUCAAAAAUAAUCACCUAUUGUGAGUGUACUGAACCUACUACAUGCUUAACAACAGACCUGUGCUGACAUUAUAGUGUCUUCUAGCUGCUGGUAAGAUCUGUAACAGCACAUUGCGCACACUGCCUCUACAUCUGUUCCUUCUGUCUGUUGAUUCAUGCUUUACUUCCUCUGCUCAGUCCUUAGAAUUGCCUUAUGCAGUGGGGUGCCAUUUUGUCUUUGGAUGUCUGGAUUAUGCACAAUGGCACCCCAACAUCUCUCUGAGCCACGAAAGUAACUUCCAAGUGUUACGGGGUGCCUUUUACUGAUAGAGACAAGGCUUUAUCUCUGUAUUGUUGCUAAUGCUAAAUCCAGAUGUCACUGUAUGCAUUAAUCCUUAACAGUAUAUUUGAGGUGUUUUCUUUUUCUUCUUUGCGGGGGUAUUGCUUUACCUAUGCCACAGCAGACUGAAUGCAUGUGUCGGUACAUUGUAUUUUAACUGAGCCAGUGCAAAGCAUGUAAGCGAUUUCUGAACAGGUGUGUCAUUUCCUUGUUCUUGGAUGGAUCGCUCCAUCUAAUGUAGUCGAAUUGCCUUUCUAUCAGGUUUUGUUCUUGUAAACCAGCAUAACGCUUGGAUCGUAUGUCAGCGCGUUCAUUUCAUUGCGCUAUAUAUAUAUGUUAAAUUGUAUGAAACCUUUCUCUCCUUUCAUAAAUGUAUUCUGUCUGUCCCAAACUGUACAUGUUUGUUGCCCAGUUUUCAGGAAGCAUGUUCUAAAUUAUAAAUGCUGAAGCGCCAUUAAAGUUGAAUUAUAAGCUUUUUUUAGAGCUAGAUUGUGUCUUUAUAAAUCAUCUAAUUUUAGAUAAUUAGAUGUUAAUUUUCCUUGCUAAUACUCCUCAUUAAUGACCUCAAUCUCCUGACAAACUUGUCUAAUGUAUGUGAUCUGAGGGAGUAUGUGUAAUUCCAUGCUGAAAAUUCUUUUAACUUAAGUUUAUUCAGUGUUCAGGCAAUCAUGAAUCUCAAACUGUAUCACUACACAAAUUGUAAGCGUAUUUCUUAUGAUAUAACAUUUGAUGUUGGUCAUAGAGAAAUCCUUGGUUUACUUAUGCCUCCUAGGGAAUGAAGAAAUCAUAUGACUGGCUGAAAAAUGUAACUAAGUUUUGAGUUACCAUGUGAAAAGCUAACUUAAUUUGUCAAUAAACUAUUUUGUAAAUAUCUAAUAAAUGUGUUAA